AUGGAAGAUUUUAAAGUGAAAGAUGAACCAAUGGAUGCAUUAAACAUAGACAGUCAGGUUAUGGACGAAAACAUUGUAAGCGUUGUACUUAAAGAAGAACCUGGCGAUAGAUUUGAACCCGACUACAUGGAGGACAUCUGCUCUGGUACAUUCGAGAAGGUAUUUUUACCUAUCGAAAAUAACGAGGUUGAUUUUUCUAACGAAAUGGUAAAACUCGAAUUGGAUGGCGAAUCUAGCAGUCAUCCGAAUUGGACAGCUCAGAUCGCUAACACGAAUUUAUGUGACAAAGAAGAAGGGGCUAUACAAAGAUGCUUGGCGAAUGCGAACUUUACUCAACCACAAGACACAGAGAAACAUUCUGGGUUCUGUCCAAAUGGACAACAACUCAAAUUUUAUAAAAUACAAUGCUCCAUUUGCAAAAAGUGGUUCUUAAAUAACGAUUCAAUGGUUACACAUUUAAGAAUGCAUUGUAGUGGUAGCCAGUGCGAGGUUUGCCAGCAAAAUUUCCACGAUAGUUCCAGUCUACACGCACAUAUGUUGACCCAUGUUGGAAUGAGCCCGUUAGAGUGCAAUGUUUGUCAGAAACGAUUUGCUUACAAAUGGUGUUUGCGCAGUCAUAUGCAAAUGCAUGUACUAGAAAAACCAUACGAUAAUAAUACAUUGCAGGAUACAUUUAUGAAACGGCCAGACUCUGAAAAUGACCACUCGAUCGGCGCAGGAGACAGAAUAUUCGAGUGCGAUGUUUGUCACGCGAAUUUUAAAGGGAAACAUGGUCUCAAUCGGCACGUGCUUAUUCAUACAGGAGAAAGGCCGUAUAAAUGCGACAUAUGUUUUGCGACGUUUAGAGAGAAAGCAAAACUAAAUAUGCACAUGAUGCUACAUGGGGGAAAUAAACAGUUUAAAUGUACAAUGUGUCACAGAUCAUUCACGCAGAAAACCGCGUUGAAUAAUCAUAUGUUAGCGCAUAGCGGUGAGAAACCCCAUGCAUGCAAUAUUUGUGAGAAAACGUAUAAACGGAAGUCAGAGUUGAUACGCCAUACAAUGGUACAUACCGGCGAGAGACCGUAUGAAUGUAAAGAAUGCCUAAUGACCUUCAGAGAGAAGGCAAAGUUAAAUUCUCAUAUGCUCGUACACACCGGUGAAAAACCGCACGAGUGUCACAUUUGUCACAAAGCUUGUGCACGAAAAUCGGAUCUUAAUAGCCACAUGUUAUUACAUACCGGUGGUCAAUACGAUUGUAAAGUUUGUGAUAAAAUAUUUACUCGCAGAUCGGAUCUAAAUCGGCAUACUUUGAUACAUACAGGCGAGAAACCAUAUGCUUGUGAGUUAUGCGAUAUGGCAUUCCGAGAGAAGACUAGACUGAAUUCUCAUAUGCUUAUACAUACCGGCGAUAAGAGGCAUAUGUGUCAUAUUUGUCAGAAAACAUUUAAAGAAAAAUCCUCGUUGCGAAAACACAUGCUAAGUCACACCGGGGACAGGCCAUAUGAGUGUUACGUAUGUCACAAAGCAUUUACCCAAAAAACGACAUUGAAUAGCCACAUAUUAGUUCACACAGGAGAAAGACCGUACGAAUGUAGCGCGUGUCAGAAAAUAUUUAAGGACAAAGCAAUGCUGAAAAAGCAUUUAUCGAUUCACGUUAAUGAAAAAACUCACGAAUGUUUGAUCUGUUUAAAAAAAUUUGCCCACAAAGCCGCAUUACAUAGUCAUUUAUCGACGAAUCAUACGUCCUAAUUAGAAAGAUCUAGUCCAGUUUAUUUGAGCUUUUAGUUUAUUUUUAUCAAACACCUGUGUACGUCUGUAGUUGCAUAAGGAUGAUUAUGUGUAUCUAUCUAUACGCAUCUGUUUUAUAUGCUCACUGAUCUGAUCAGUCGCAUACUUACCUGUAUAUCAUUAAGUACAAUAAAUUAAUUUUUAAUUAA